UCUCAAUGUAUUAUUUAAAAAAACACCAGUUUCCUCUCUCCUCGUCACUGUGGAAAAGCCCGUCGGGACGGGAAAUUUAUCGAAGAAGACAGCAGAACAGAAUCGCCCAUCUUCAGAUCCACCUGGCACCAUUUUCACACCUGUAAUGAAAUUCCUCUUACUUUUAUACCCAUUAAUCAAUCCUUUGAACAUCCGCAACCGUCUCUCAUCAAUGCUCCAACUUCCCGCAUUUAACCCGGGUUCGAAUCCCCCAAGUUCCUCCACACAGUAAAUGCAGUCCCAACUUCCACGCUUUAAGGCCUCACACGAUUUUUGCUAUUUAGGGCCACCAGGGGACCGUUCUGAUCUCUUACAGCUUUAAAACCAGGGUUUUUGGCCUCCAUUUUGCCUCAAUUUGCCUUCAUUUGCUUCCAUUUGCCUUGAUUUGCCUUCAUUUUUGUUGCACAGUCGUCUCGAGCAUGACGGAAGAGAAGGGGGAAAAGGUGUUUUCAGGGGCGGCCAUGAGUGUGGAAGAGAAGAUCGAGCAGGAGCAGGAGCUGCGGCGGCGGACGAGGCGGCGGCGAUGGAUGGUGUGCUGCUGCGGAACGAGCUUAGCGACUGUCCUUGUCGUAGCUCUGGUGUGCGUCAUUCUGGCCGUCACUGUGUUCAAGGUUCGAAACCCUAAGGUUAUCGUCAAAUCUGUGUCGCUAGACCAAUUUCAGUGGAAUAUGGACCUUUUGGGCGGGAAAUUUGACCUGAAUGUGACGCUGGACAUGAGUUUGUCCGUCAAGAACCGGAACAGGGCAAGCUUCAAGUAUGGGAACAGUACUGCGCAGUUGUUCUACCGCGGCAUCAAUUGUGGAGAGGCGCAGAUUCCGGCUGGGAAAGUUGGAGCUGACCGCACCAUGGAAAUGAAUACUACUGUUACUAUUCUUGCAGAUCGUGUCAUUUCGAGCCCGCAUAUUGUGAAUGAUAUUCUGUCUGGAUUUUUGCCGCUCAGUACUUCGACGAGCAUUUCUGGGCGAGUCAAUUUGCUCAACAUCUUUAAACAUCACGCCAUUUCGUCCUCUUUCUGCAAUAUGACCAUUGCUAUAGUGAAUCGUACCAUUCAUAGCGAGAAAUGCUCAUAUGGUUUCAAGCUCUGACUGGUUUGCAGUAUUUUGUAGAAUUUAUAUAUGCACAUAUAAUCUCCUAGGGAGAAUAUCUUUAUUAUGUAGAUUUUGGCUUAAAGUUUUGCUUUGUUGGAGAUCAUGGAGGAAGUUUCUUAUAAAUUGGGCUAAAUUAUAUUAACUCUGAAAGUGGUUUUUGUUCA